AUGCCUGUGUCUGAUCCUAGUUCUGGUCGCAAAUUCAUAUGGAUUAUAGCAUGUUUUUUGUUCAUUUCUUUAAUAGCAGGAGGUGCGUGCCUUGUUGCAUACAUGUACCUUCCUGAAUCUGAAACUUCAUCAUGGGUACCCGUAGUUGGUGUCGGCUUGGUUUGUCUACCAUGGGCUUUUUGGUUUUUCACAUGUUUAUAUAGAAUUUUCUCAAGGUGUUUAGGAUGUAGAGUUGGGUUGAUGUCCGGCGGCGGCGGUUCAAAUCAACCUAGGAAUGGAGAUGUUGAGGUUGCGGCUCAAUCAACAAAAGGCGGUAGUAGUGGUGGUGGUGGUGAAUUGAAUAGGGCAUAUUCUGUUGCAUCACACGAAAGUGAAAUGGCAUUGGCAAAAUCUAUGAGCUCGUGA